CUCUCGUAGCAAAGUUAGAGCACAACCGGUCUAGUUUGCAUUCCGGCACGCAAAUGAAGCCCCCAAACAGCCAAACCGCCGUCCGGAGGGCCGCUUCCACCACGGGGCUGCUCCUCAUCCUGCUGCUCGUUGCCUUCACCGCGUGCAACUACACGUCGCUGAACCUCAACACGGAGGAGUUCAUCGACUUGCCGGCCCCGAGAUCGGUCGUGAGACACAACAACGACAACAACAACAAUGCCGGCGCGGCGUGCGACGUGGCGAAGGGCGAGUGGGUGCGCGACAAGGCCGCGCCGUACUACACCAACGCGACGUGCCCGCUGAUCGACGGGCGGCAGGACUGCAUGAAGUACGGCAAGCCGGGGCUCGCGUCCAUCUUGCAGUGGCGUUGGCAGCCCCACGGCUGCGACCUCCGCCGCUUCGACGCCGCCGCGUUCUUCCGGAUCGUGCGCGGCAAGUCCAUGGCCUUCGUGGGCGACUCCGUGGCCCGCAACCACAUGCAGUCCCUCAUGUGCCUCCUCUCCCAGACGGCGGGGGCGGGGCAGCCGACGGAGAUCGGCGGCGCCAAGGACUGCGUCCACUGCACCCGCAAGUACCGCUACGAGGAGCAUGGUUUCACGGUGGCCGUGUUCUGGACGCCGUUCCUGGUGCGGUGGAACCUGACCCGCGCCGGCGCGCUGCAGUUCAUGGACCCGCACAACGUGUUCCUCGACGAGCCCGACCCGGAGUGGUCCGGCCACGUGUUGGAUUACGACUACGUGGUGCUCAACGGCGCCAAGUGGUUCACCCGCCCCACCGUGCUCUACGAGCGCGGCCGCCGCCUCGGCUGCGUCAACCACGAAUGCAGUGCCGGGGCGGACCAGGACAACGCUAUGGCCGUGGCUCCGGAGUACGCGGUGCGCGCGGCGUUCCGGACGGCGCUCGAGGCGCUGGCGGGGUUCCGGGGAACUGUGGUGGUGCGGACGGUGGCGCCGCCGCACUACGAGAACGGGAAGUGGUACGACGGAGGGGAUUGCGUGAGGAGAAGCCCGUAUCGGGGGAACGAGACGAGGCUGCCGGAGACCGAGGAGGCGUUCCACGCCGCGCAGGUGGAGGAGUUCAGGGCCGCGGCCAGCGAGGCGGAUCAAAGCAAUGGCGAUGGAAAGAAGGGGAGGCUGGUGCUGAUGGACGUGAGCGAGAUGAUGCAGAUGAGGGGCGACGGGCACCCAGGGCGGUACGGGCACUGGCCGCACGAGAAGGUCGGCUUCGGCAUCGACUGCGUGCACUGGUGCUUGCCCGGGCCCGUCGACGCCUGGAACGAGCUGCUGCUCCAUUUGCUUAGCGGUUAAUUCACAUUCUGUACUGCUGAUUUGCUAAAUGGCAGGCGGCCGCUUUUUCUUCAACCGGCGGUCGAUUACUCCUCUGUUGGCAGUUCGCCAAGUUUCUAAAUGAGAAGGCGCGCGUGUGUGUGUUCCUCUCCCGAUACGAUCAGCAUUCCGCCUGCCUCGUUUCGUCUCUCCUGCAUUGCGUUCGCUACAGGGAUGAGAUCGAGUCAUGAAAUUCAGGACUGUAUAUGUUUCGGUGUACAAAUAUUCCAGCUCUGUCACAUGGCAUGCCAUAGCUUUUUUUCCAAUGUCAUGUAGACUUCCUCUCUAGCUGGAAUUGUGUUUUGAGACGAGAAUGAGCUUUAGACGAGCUUUCAAUUCAUUUCACACAAGUUUGUCUUGUAUACCCUAGGAAGUUUCUCACA